AUCAUCCACUAUGCAAAUCAAUUGCCCUGCAGCAUCUGUACAAAUCUAUCCUUAUAAAUAUUGACAUAGUAAUGCAAUCAAAGCUACAACUACAGAAAUGGCAAGUGAGAGUGAGAGCAAUGUAAAGCUAAAGCUCUUAAUAGACACAAAGGCAAACAAAGUUCUGUUUGCUGAAGGAGGCAAAGAAUUUGUGGAUUUUCUGUUCCACAUCAUGUCAUUACCAGUUGGAACCAUUAUCAAGCUCUUGAGUGUCAAUGGCAUGGUGGGUUGUCUCGGCUCGCUUUACAAGAGCAUAGAGUCACUGAAUACUGACUACUUUCAGCCAAAUCUCACCAAGGAUUCAGUGCUCAAGCCCAAAGCACCUGUUAGUGUUCCUCUGUUGUCUUUGAAUGAUGCCCCAACCUCAACUAACAAGCAAUUCUAUCGAUGCAGCUACUAUAACGGUAGUAAUUGUAUCUAUUAUACUGAUUGUCGUGGGACAGCUUGUCGUAGCUGUAGCCGCGAAAUGACCAUUCAAUUGAGCUAUGUUGCUCCGACAGCUUCGCAGAAUAAUGCAACUUCAUCAAGCAGUGGAACUGGAAGCGUUGGUGGGUAUGUGAAGGGGGUGGUGACCUACAUGGUGAUGGACAACUUGGAGGUGAAGCCGAUGUCAACCAUUUCCGGUAUUACUCUUAUGAACAAGUUCCAUGUGAAGGAUGUCUCUGCCUUAGAAGAGAAAGAGGUUCAACUAGGCCUCAAACAGAGAGAGUAUACAAUGGCAGGUGCGAGUGAGAGCAAUGUAAAGCUAAAGCUUUUAGUAGACACAAAGGCAAACAAAGUUCUUUUUGCUGAAGUAGGAAAAGAAUUUGUUGAUUUUCUGUUCCAUAUUAUGUCAUUACCAGUUGGAACCAUUAUCAAGCUCUUGAAUGUUAAUGGCAUGGUGGGUUCUCUUGGUUCUCUUUACAAGAGCAUAGAUUCACUUAAUACUGACUAUUUUCAGCCAAAUCUAACCAAAGAUUCAGUGCUCAAACCUAAAGCACAUGUUACUGUUCCUUUGUUGUCUCUUAAUGAUGCACCAACCUUAAGUAAUAAGCAACUUUACAAAUGCAACUACUAUAAUAGUAGCAAUUGUAUCUUUUAUACUGAUAAUUAUGGGGCAGCUUGUCGUAGUUGUAAUCGUCAAAUGACCACUCAAUUGAGCUAUGUCGGUUCGAUAGAUUCGGAGGAUGGUGCAACUUCAGCAUGCACUGGAAGUGGAAGUAGUGGUGGGUAUGUGAAGGGUGUUGUGACUUAUAUGGUGAUGGAUAAUUUGGAGGUGAAACCUAUGUCUACUAUUUCUGGUAUUACUCUUAUGAGUAAGUUUCAUGUCAAGGAUGUAUCUGUCUUAGAGGAGAAAGAGGUUCAGCUUGGCCUUAAUGAGGGAAUAGCAAUGCUGAAAGCGUCUUUGGAGACUAGAGCUGUGUUAACCUCGGCCACUAGUGUGGCUGUUAUUGUCGUUUUGGAUGUGUUUGUUUUUGUAACCAGCAUGAGACUUUCUAUGGUACUUAUGGUUGUGGAGUAUCUGAAUUAUAGCUUCACUAUCUUUCUCGAAAGGACUCUUUUGAUUACUGUUUAUGUCGAUUUUGUACUAAAUACGGAGAUUGUUGGUAGAUUACCAAGUGGGUAG